UCGAUCCCACACCGACCGCGCAUCGAGCAAGCACUGUACCACUGGGCUACGUCUCGCCCCUGAUAAUGUGUGUGAGAGUGAAUUGUAGAUAAAUGUAGUUUGUGGUUAGUAGGUUACAACCACCUCUCAACACACUUUCUCAUUGUUAUAUAAGUUACAAAGAGCUACGAGUGGUUCAUAACUUGUGUCAUGUGUAUGCUGGCUUCCUUUCAUCUCUCCGUUUUAUCAAACACAGGGCAAGUGGGAGAUAUACUGCCACAAUCAUGUGGUCUGGCUGUAUCUUCACAUAAACAGAUUAAUCCACCCCUCUCGCCCCGAGUCUGCCCCUUUAACACUUCUCCUUCCCCUUCAAACACCUGCUCACUCCGCAGACAGAUUAUACUAUCCACUACACUCUAUAUAGACAGCUUCAUUUCUGACCAGUCCUUGCAGCCGAAAGACAUUUGCAGCUCUCUGAUUGGCCAGAGGGGGAUUUGUGUACAGUGCCUACCUGAGCACCACAAUGGUGGGAUGUACACAGUACCCAUCGGGUGUUACGGGAGUCACUGCUUGUUGAGUAUGGCCAGAUACCGGGAUGUCAGUGGUCAGUUUACGGACACUUUUACCACGGAUUAAUAAAGGCUGGCUAGAUUCCUCAGCUGAUUUGCAUAUAUGUGUGUGUGUUUGUGAUGUUUGGAGGAGUUGAACGAUGGACACUGUCAUAUGCUGGCCGUAUUAACUUUCUGGCCAGUACCUUCAAGGAUGAUUAGUAAAAUAAACAUCAAAAGUACUUAGGAUUGCCUUUUAAAAUUCAUUUUUAAAUAGCUUGUCAGAAAUGUGAAAAGUUGUUACUUAUGUUUCAAUGGAUUAACUUUUGCUUGAGCCUACUGAAAGUGGAUUAAAGGAUUAAAUAUACACACAUAUAUAUAUAUAUAUAUAUUUAAAUGAAAGCAACCACAUUAAUUCAUCUGGAAAUACAUUAAUAAUAAUUUUUAAAAGUGCUGUCAGUUUUGAAAUCUUCAUACCAUGCCACUUCAAAGAUAAGUUGAAUUUACUGUAUAUUUAAUUAAAAUAAAUGUAAGAACAUUUUGACAGUUUUGUGAAAGGUCUGCCUGCCCAGUUUGUUUGAAGACUUCUUUCAUUAUUCUGCUUCCUGGAAAUUAAACCUUCACUUGGUCAAGACUUGGAAGAAAGAGUCUGAGUGAUCAGAUUAAAAAACAAUAAAAGAAAGAAGAAGUGAAGAGGGUGGAAAAAGGAAGAGCGGAGGCUGUUUGUGUAUCCAACUUGCUGGACUAAGUAUCUGUGAUGGAGAUGACUGUUUACUAUGGCUGGGACAUGCUACUGCUGCUCAUGAUUUAUCCUCUCAUUGUGCCACACAGUUGUAAAGCACUUCGACAAUUUCCCAAAGACUUUGAGGUGGUUUUCACAUCCUACAUCGAUGUCAAUGGCAUGAUCAUCUCUCAUGACCAGCUGAAUCAUUCACGCCGACGCCGAAAUGCACCGUCAUCAUCAUCAUCAUCAUCAUUAGAUCAAGACAUCUUCAUGAACAUCACCGGAAAGAGAGUGCACUUCCAUCUGAGAUUAUCACCAAACAAGAAACUCUUGGCACCGGGAUUUAAAGUGUAUCACCGUCGCCAUGCCAACACCAGUGAUAUCCGUGGCAACACAUUCACAGACAGUACUCAUAACGAGCUCAGAGACUGCAUCUACACUGAGAACCCUCUUCAGUUUUCACUCACUGAUGAAUAUCUUCAGCAGACGUUUAUGUUUGUUUUUAUAGUGGAAUAA